AUGGCUACUCCUGAGACCCUUGCCGAGAAACGCGCCUCCAAGGAGGUGCAAGAACCUGUCAAAUGGGGAUACGAAGUCAAGCGACGCAGUCCCCAGAGCAACGGGUCGCCCCUAAUUUACUCCAUCACGCACCCCGAGUACAAGGACAUCUUUGGAAAAAUCAACGGCGAGAUCGAUGUUUUCCGAUACAGCGCUGAGGACGAAGGCUCCCUCGACAUCGUGUGCGCGUGGAACGGGCUGGACGAGCGUGCGCGCCACGAAAAGCUGUCCCUGCGGCAGCUGCUGCUGGGCUUCUGGAAAUUCACCCUGGGCCACAACCCCCGCGACCUGAAGCAAAUCACCUACGUCUAUGUUCAGGAGACCAGCCUGACCAACCUCAUCAUCCAGAUAUACAACAAGAUGGGCGCGGGCUUGUUCACUGACCUCCUCAUCAGCAGCGGAGACGAGGAGGUUUUUCAGAUGAUCGCCAACGGCACGCCUUUCGGCAACGGCGCCCAGCAGAUGCUUUCCGAGUACGACGAGUUUGCUGGCGUGCAGAUCGAGUCCUUCCAAUUUAUCUGGGAGGAGGGUGAGAACUACCCUGAUUUUAUUGUGAAGUUCAAGUGA